AUGUCACUUGCAAAACGCGUUGUCAUUAUUGGAGCCGGUAUCGUGGGUACUAACCUCGCCGAUGAGCUGGUCUCUCGAGGAUGGAAUGAUAUCACUGUUGUCGAGCAGGGCCCGUUGCACAUGCCGGGCGGAUCGACGUCACACGCCCCUGGACUCGUGUUCCAGACAAGCCCCUCCAAGACAAUGACACACCUCGCCCGAUACACAGUCGAGAAGCUUCUAUCGAUAGAGAAGGAUGGAAAAAAAUGCUUCAAUCAAGUGGGUGGUCUCGAAGUAGCAACCACUCCCGCACGACUGGAGGAUCUAAAGCGGAAACAUGGAUACGCCUCAUCGUGGGGCAUCGAGGCUCGGCUAGUCAGCGCGGAGGGGUGCUUCAAGAUGUAUCCACAUCUGAACAAAGAGAUGGUCUUGGGCGGUUUGUACAUCCCCACUGAUGGUCUCGCAUUAGCAGCCCGAGCAACGCAGCUGCUCAUUGAACGAACAAGCGAGGCCGGUGUUCAUUAUCUGGGCCAUACUCCCGUGAUGGGAAUUGAGCGCGAUGGCCGUCGUGUCACAGGAGUCAGUACCCCAAAUGGCAUCAUUUCCGCAGACAUUGUUGUCUCUUGCGCUGGGUUCUGGGGCGUUGAAUUGGGAGCUAUGGUUGGUGUGGACAUUCCUUUACUCCCGCUGGCGCACCAGUAUGCAAAGACCACGGUGGUACCCGCUCUUGCGGGGAGAGAUGUUAACAGCUUGCUCAAUGGAAUGAAUGCCACACUCCCAAUCCUCCGGCACCAGGAUAAGCGUCUUUACUACCGUGAACAUGGCGGGCAGUACGGCAUUGGUAACUAUGGACACCGUCCAAUGCCCGUCGUUGCGGCUUCACUAGGGCUCACACCCAAAGGCGUUGAUGAAAAACAUAUGCCCUCCCGCCUCGAAUUCACAACCGAAGACUUCGGCCCGGCUUGGAAAGAGUCUCAAGCCCUCCUCCCCACUCUUCGAGGUACAGAGAUCGCGGACGGCUUCAACGGUAUCUUCUCCUUCACACCCGACGGGGGUCCACUUCUUGGCCAACCAUCCCAUCUCGACAACUUCUACGUAGCCGAGGCCGUAUGGGUUACACACUCAGCAGGCGUCGCCCGAGCUCUCGCACAAAUCCUUACAACUGGCCGAUCUGAGAUAGACAUUUCUGAAUGUGAACUUACCCGCUUCGAAGAAGUCCAGCUCAACAGAGACUACGUGAGUGAGACCGGACAGCAGAGCUUUGUCGAAAUCUAUAACAUAAUCCACCCGCUUCAACAGCGGGCCUCGCCCCGCAACUUACGUGUUAGUCCAUUCCACUCCCGCCAGCGCGAGCUAGGGGCUAUCUUUUUUGAGACUGGAGGCUGGGAGCGGCCGUGGUGGUAUGAGGCAAAUAAAGAUCUUGUUGAGUCUCUGCCACCGUCGUGGAAACCUGUCAAUCGGGAUGCCUGGUCAGCGCAGCUUCAUUCGCCUAUCUCUGCUGCCGAGGCGUGGAAGACGCGGAAUGCCGUUGCUGUGUUUGAUAUGACUGCUUUCCAUCGGUUCGAAGUGUCUGGUCCUGGAGCGGUCGGUCUGCUUCAGCGGCUGACUACGAGUGAAAUUACUACCAAGACAGGCACCGUUACUUAUACCCUCCUCCUCAAUGAUCACGGGGGAAUUCGGGGUGACGUGUUUGUUCUGGGAAUUGAUGAUGAUGUGAUUCAGGUUGGAGCGAAUUCUGCAACCGAUCUGGCAUAUCUUGCCAGAGAAGCUCAGGUCCAGGAACAGACGACCCCCAGGCACUGGAUCCAAGUCCGCGAUAUCACUGGCAGCACAUGCUGCCUCGGACUCUGGGGUCCUCGAGCCCGGGAUGUCAUCGCUGGAAUCAGCACGGUUGAUCUUUCAAACAAGGGACUUCCAUACUUCAGUCUGAAAAAUACCGUUCUCGCGGGUAUUCCAGUUACGAUGAUCCGGAAGUCCUACGUCGGCGAACUAGGCUGGGAAAUCCAAACCGGCGCAGAGUACGGCCAACGACUAUGGGAGAUAAUUUGGCAGGCCGGACAGCCACAUGGAAUCAUUGCCGGAGGUCGCAGUGCGUUCAACUCAAUGCGUAUUGAGAAGGGAUACCGGACCUACGGUGCGGACAUGACGACAGAACACAAUCCGUUCGAAGCUGGUGUUUCCUACGCGGUGGACACAAACAAAAAGGAUGACUUUGUCGGAAAAGCCGCCCUUCAACGCCUUUCUAACCAAGUACCCUCGCGGCAACUGCGGGCUUUGACCAUCGAUGAUGGCCGCUCGAUGAUUCUUGGCAAGGAGCCCGUGUUCCACAAGGGUAAAGCAGCUGGCUAUGUAACCACCGCUGCAUUUGGGUACACGAUCGGCAAACCAAUUGCCUACGCUUGGCUGCCUGCUGAUGUGAGUGAAGGCGAGAAAGUGGAGAUCGAAUAUUUCGGAAAGCGCAUCAGGGCGACUGUUCAGGCAGAGUCGCUUUAUGAUCCCGAGAUGAAUCGUCUCCGUCAAGAUAGCUUGUCUUCGGUAACUGGACUACACACUCCCUUCAGGUCACGGCUUUGA